GUUUGUUUCGGAACGGACUGAUAAUAAUGUAACACCCAGUGACUCACAACAUCCGCUGUUGCAGCAGGAUUAUCAAAGCGUGAUUUGGUGUUCUUGGUGAAACUGCGCCAGAGGCUGACAGCUCACAGAUGGCCCGGUUUGGAUGGCGUAUUUAGCACAUCGGUUAGGACGAUCACGGACCUUCCUGCCCUGUGUGCCCGCGCUCAGACUCAUGCACGCGGGCGGAAUGGACGACAUGGGUCCGAUAGUGAGUCGGUCUCCGCUGGAGCGACUCGAUUUUGACAACGUCGCCCUGAGGAGGCUCCCCCUGGACCAGUCCGAGGAGCCGGGGGUGCGGCAGGUGAAGGGAGCGUGUUUCUCCCCGGUGAAGCCGUCGCCCCUGACCCGGCCCCAGUUCGUGGCGGUGUCUCAUGACGCCUUGGCUUUGCUCGGGCUCAGCGGGGACCAGGUCCUCAACGACCCGCUCGGUCCAGAGUACCUCAGUGGGUCCAGAGUCAUGCCCGGGUCCGAGCCUGCAGCGCACUGCUACUGCGGACACCAGUUCGGACAGUUCGCCGGGCAGCUGGGCGACGGGGCGGCCUGCUACCUCGGAGAGGUGAAGGUUCCGCCCGGACAGGACCCCGAACUGCUCCGGGAAAACCCGAGCGGACGGUGGGAGAUGCAGGUGAAAGGAGCAGGACUGACUCCUUAUUCCAGACAAGCUGAUGGCCGUAAGGUUCUGCGCUCCAGCAUCAGAGAGUUCCUGUGCAGCGAGGUCAUGUUCUUCCUGGGUAUUCCCACCACUAGAGCCGGCUCUAUCGUCACCUCAGACAGCCGGGUAAUACGAGACGUGUACUAUAGCGGGAACCCUCGCCAUGAGAGGUGCUCCGUGGUCCUUCGUAUCGCCCCCACCUUCCUCAGGUUCGGGUCAUUCGAGAUCUUCAAGCCGGCUGACGAGUACACGGGCCGUCAGGGUCCGAGCUACGGACGGGAUGAGAUCAGGGGUCAGAUGCUGGAUUACGUCAUCGAGAUGUUUUACCCCGAGAUCCAGCAGAAUUACUCAGACCGGGUGGAGCGCAACGUGGCCUUCUUCAGAGAGGUGGUGCUGCGUACGGCUCGGCUCAUGGCUCAGUGGCAGUGUGUCGGCUUCUGUCAUGGAGUCCUGAACACGGACAACAUGAGCAUCCUGGGACUCACUCUGGACUACGGUCCUUAUGGCUUCAUGGACAGGUUUGAUCCAGACUUCAUCUGUAACGCCUCCGAUAACUCGGGUCGAUACUCGUACCAGGCCCAGCCGGCCGUCUGCAGGUGGAACCUGGUGAAGCUGGCGGAGGCUCUGGCUCCGGAGCUGCCGCCUGACCGGGCUGAGACCGUGAUCGACGAGUACCUGGAUCUUUAUAACGGAUUCUACCUGCAGAACAUGAGGAAGAAGCUGGGUCUGCUGAAGAAGGACGAGCCUGAGGACGAGAUCCUGAUCACAGAGCUGCUGCAGACCAUGCACAACACAGGUGCUGACUUCACCAACACCUUCCGCAGCCUGAGUCAGAUCUCCUGCCCCGCAGAGGGAGACGCUGAGGGAGAGGAGGGCGUGGUGAAGAAGGCGUCAGAGCUCCUGCUGCAGCAGUGCGCCUCCUUAGAGGAGCUCAAGGCUGCAAACAAACCCAGCAUGGAUCCCAGAGAGUUGGCCAUGCUCCUCUCGAUGGCUCAGAGCAACCCGGCGCUGUUCCAGAUGAUCUCGGACCGGGCGACGAUAGCGAGGCAGUUAGACAAACUGAGCAAACUGAAAGACCUGAUGGAGACGAACCAGGAGGAGCUGAGCGGCAAACACGGAGAGGAGUGGAGUCGCUGGAUAACACGAUACAGGAAGCGUCUCGGCCGGGAGCUGGAGGGUCAGAGUGAUGUGCAGGCGGUGCAGGAGGAGAGGGUGACGGUGAUGGACAGCACCAACCCUCGGGUGGUGCUCAGGAACUACAUCGCCCAGAAUGCAAUUGAGGCUGCAGAGAGCGGAGACUUCUCCGAGGUCCAGCGGGUCCUCAAAGUCCUGGAGAAACCUUUCUCUACACAGCCGGGUCUGGAGCUCCCCUCGUGGUCGGGCGGAGGCGGGGCGAGCGAGCAGGGAGAGAGGGACGAGGGAGAGGAGGCGCAGCAGGAGGCGGCGUCUUCUUCAGCCGCCGCCAGAGACCCCGUCCCCUACGACAGCAAACCCCCCACCUGGGCCAAUCAGAUCUGUGUUACAUGAUCUUCGUAAUAACUUCUCUGAAUGUCUCCUGCCUAAAUGAAAAGAGAGUUUAUUGUUCUUUCAGUUCAUAUUUUUGUAACUUUCUACGUCACUGAACAGCUCUCGAUCACGCAGGCAGGCGGCAUCAGGGAGGUUAACGAGAAGCACGACACCGCGGGCGCUAACGAGCUGAAACAAACACGCAGGGAGGGAGCCGAGUUUGGUUAAACAAAUACAUCUAAAAUGUGUUUUUAAACUUUAAUCAUUUAUGAAACAAUGCCACAAAAUAGCGAAAAAUAAGUGUUUUUUUUUCCUUCUGUGACGUCACAUCCUGCUAAACACACGAUGAUGCAGAGUCACCAGACAACUUGAUUUUAUGACUUGACAUUAGAAAAAGGCCCCUCAGCUUGUUCCCUGUUUGUUUGAUGUUCAGCUUUUCAUGACGACUCAGACAAAAAGUCCUACAGCGACCUAUCUGACUCCGAUACACAGCCGGGUGUCACCUCGACAUAUACCAAAUAAUAAAGUGUGUGUGUGUGUGUGAGAGAGAGAGCGGGAUGCCGCAGUAUAUUAACACGCACAGUUCACUCCUCUAUAACAGAAACUUGCCUUUAGCCACUGUUAGAGCUUUUUAGUCACAGGGUCACAGAAAGAGCUUUACAAUGUUUUAAUGCAUAACUACUCAGCAGGUGUAAAAAAUAAAAAACAGCAGAUUGUGAGAAGAGAACAGUAAGAACGGUGUGUGUGUGUUAUAAGAAGUUUAUCGUAGCUUGUGCCACAGAUGUAACGCUGCAAAGCUUCAUGUUUUAGAGAAAGUGGAAAUAAAGAGAUUGAAUGCCAUUAAA